GAAGCGGCCCGGGCACCAUGGAGGGCGGCGGCGGGCGGCGGGUGCUGGUGGUGGGCGCGGGGCUGGCGGCGCUGGGGGCGGCGCAGCGGCUGCAGGGCCCCGGCGCUGUCCGGCUGCUGGAGGCGGGGAGCCGCGCCGGGGGCCGCAUCUGGAGCCGCCCCUUCGCCUCGGGGCUGGCGGAGCUGGGCGCGCACUGGAUCCACGGGCCCUCGGAGGGGAACCCCGUCUUUCGCCUGGCGUCCUGCUGGGGCCUGCUGGGGCCCGGCGCUGCCGAGGAGGAGAACCAGCGGGUGGAGGCGGGGGGGCACCCGCUGCUGCCCUGUGUCACCUACGGCAGCUCGGGGAAGGUGCUGAGCCCCGAGCUGGUGAGCAGCACCCGCGCCCUCUUCGCUGAGCUGCUGGGCUCGACCCAGGCCUUCCUCCAUGCCAAGGAGCUGCCUGCUGCCGGCGUGGGGCAGUACCUGCGGGCAGAGCUCGCCCGGCUGGCCCACACCUGGGAUGAGAACGAGGACAGCAAGCGGCUCCGGCUGGCCAUCCUCAGCACCUGUCUCAAGCUGGAGUGCUGCAUCAGCGGCACCCAUAGCAUGGACCUGGUGGCCCUGGGGUCCUUUGGGGAGUACACCUCGCUGCCCGGCCUGGACUGCACCUUCCCGGGCGGCUACAGCAGCCUGCCCGACCGCAUGCUCGCAGCUCUGCCUGAGGGCACCGUCCUGCUCAACAAGCCAGUGAAAACCAUCCAGUGGCAGGGGUCCUUCUGUGAGAAGGGGGAUGUGGCAAGGAUCUUCCCCGUCCGGGUGGAGUGCGAGGACGGUGACUCCUUCCUCGCUGACCACGUCAUCAUCACCGUCCCUCUGGGUGAGACCACCGAUUCCCUGCCUUGCCCAUCCCCUGGCACCCAGCCCCUGCCCCACACCACGAGGGGAUGUUCCUGUCCGCUGCUGCUGGCUGGCAAGGCUGAAGAUGGGCAGGAUUGGCCUGAGCCCCUUCCCAGCCUCCCCUUCCCAUGGACCACGAGGAGUUUCCUCAAAGAACACCAUCAGGACUUUUUCCAGCCCCCCCUGCCCAAGCGGAAAGCAGAGGCCAUUCGCCGCCUGGGCUUCGGCACCAACAACAAGAUCUUCCUGGAGUUUGAGCAGCCCUUCUGGGAGCCCGAGCAGCAGCUCCUGGAAGUGGUGUGGGAGGACGAGUCGCCCCUUGCAGAGCCCAGCACUGACCUGGAGGCCAGCUGGUUCAAGAAGCUCAUCGGCUUUGUGGUCCUCCAGCCACCAGAGCAGCUUGGGCACGUCCUCUGUGGCUUCAUUGCUGGGAAGGAGGCGGAGUACAUGGAGACGCUAAGCGAUGCAGAGGUUCUCCACACCAUGACCAGCGUUCUCCGCACGCUGACAGCCGCUGCAGCUCCUCUUCGCCGGCGAGGCCACCCACCGCACCUUCUACUCCACCACGCACGGGGCGCUGCUGUCGGGCUGGCGGGAGGCCGACCGACUCAACCGGCUGCCGCGAGCCGCCGACCGGCAAUAAACCCGCCUCGCCGCAGCCAUCCGAGCCUCCUUUAUUGAACGCGGGGCCGCCGGGGGCCCCCCCGCCCCGCGGGGCCCGCAGCGCCGCUAGUACCAGUUGGUGCCGGCGAUCAUGAAGCGCGCGUCGUCCAGCGGGGCCGUCGCCGGGCCCGGCUGCGGGGCGGGCUGGAGGGCAGGCUGGAGGGCAGGCUCCGCGGCGGGCC